GUGAUUUGCCUUCUGAUGGCGUGAUUGACGUCAUUGAGGCGUGCAGAGAGGCGUCGAGGUCAGAUCGAGUGAAGAAAAUGAAGCUGAAGGUGCUUCAUCACGACCCGGCUGCUCAUGAGCGGAAGGCCGGGAAGAUCACCAGGUACUACCGCAACCCCGACCCGCAGCUCCACCCAUUCGAACGGGUAAGACAGAAACAAUGCGAAGAAAGUGCCUGAAAUCGACUGCCGACUCAUUGAUUGUCUUUUGUCUGGCUGUGAUUGAUUCAUUGUUUCUGUGUCAGGCUCGUGAGUACAAUCGUGCGUUGGUGGCCACUAAACUUGACAAGAUGUUCGCCAAGCCUCUGGUGGCCGUGCUGGACGGACACACAGACGCUGUCAAGUGCAUGGCCAGGAGCCACAAACGAGUGGUAUGCAGGAAGACAGGCAUUCACUGUAUGUGCCUGUGUGGAUGUACGCGUGUUUGUCGCUGUUGCCUUGAUUCAUUCAGGCCGAUCUGUUCACUGCGUCGUGUGACGGCGAGCUGCGCUUCUGGAACAUGCCCACACGGACAUGCACCAAGGUGCAAAACAAACGCCCACGCGCAUACACACAGACAGACCGACACACACACGGUCGAUCUGCCGACAUGUGUGUAUCAGGCCAUCUCUGCCCACGAUGGGUUCAUCCGCGGCCUGUGCGUAUCGCCCGACGACCGGCUGCUCUUUACGGGGGGGGAUGACAAGUACGUCCGCACAUCGAGUGGUGUGCUUGCGUGUGGGCGGCCUGGAUGAGUGGACGUCUGUGUGUGUGUAGGUGCAUCAAGACGUGGAAAGUGGAGAAGAAUGAGGGCAUGACCGCCAUGGACUGGGAUGAGGUAUACAGACGAAGGCGGCACACAUAUGGACAGGCGAAUACUGUGUGUGGCUGUGUGUGUGUAGGUGCUUGACGAGGGCAACCUGGUUCGGGGCGAAGAGAUCGACACAUCAAAGCUGGCGAAGGAAGUGCCGGUCAGUCUACAGACACCCACUCACUCUCCUGCGAACACAUGUACGUGUGUAUGUGUGUGUCGGUCAUCGAUCAGGCGUUGAAUGUGUACAUGGCCAAGAGUGCCGUCACGAGCCUCGACCACCACUGGAGCAGACACCUACUCGGUCACCAUCGCAGCCACACACACAACAAAUGCCUACACACACAUCCACUCAUCCCUGUGUGUGUGUGUGCAGUGUCGACAGGCGACACGGUUGACAUAUGGGAUCACCACCGGAGUGCGCCCAUCCAGUCGUUCGAGUGGGGAUGCGACUCAGUCAUAUGCGCAAGAUUCAACCCUGCUGAGGUUAAUGGACAUCCUACGUGUCUACGUGUCAGUGUCAUGCCUCUCGCUUUCUGUGUGUCUGUGUGCAGCCGUGUCUGAUCGCGUCCACUGCAUCUGACAACACAGUCGGCCUCUACGGUGUGGAUGAAUGGAUACACGCACAUGUGUACAUGGUGAUCUGUUUCUCUGCUCUUUCGUUAGAUUUGCGUGGAAGCUCACCGAUAAGGAAAGUGCUCUUGAAGGUAUUUGCCCACGCAGAGGACACAUAAAUCACAUACACACGUGUGUGUGUGGCCCUCUGUGCAUCAGAUGCGGUCCAACGCAGUGAGCUGGAACCCCAUGGAGCCACUCAACUUCACUGUGGUGCGCACACCUGCAGACAGGCACCUGACGUGUGUUGGUCCAUCGGGGUGUGUGUGGAGGAUGCAGGCGAAUGAGGACUGCCAUCUGUACACAUUUGACAUGCGCAAGCUGGACAUAGCCCUCAACCUCCACAGGGACUUCACAAACGCCGUGUACGCAUGGCAUCCACACACACUCAUGUCCAGGCACAACACAAUGUACGUGUGGAUCUCUCUCUCUCUCUCUCUCUUAGGUUGGAUGUGGACUACUCCCCGUCUGGGCGAGAGUUCGUCGCUGCCUCAUACGACAGAACGGUACACCCACUCCGACAUCCCAUCCAUCUCACCUACACACAAUAUCCAUGAAUGCCUGAAUGUGUGUCGUGUUUAUCAGAUUCGCAUCUUCCGUGUGUCCGAGAGCCGCAGCCGUGAGGUCUACCACGCCAAGAGGAUGCAGCGGGUCCUCUGCUGCAGAUUCACUGCCGACACCAGAUACGUCGUAUCAGGUACGUACACAUAAAGACACAUGUGUGCAUCCAUCCAUCCAUGCGUAUGCGUGGGUGUGUGUGCAGGUUCUGAGGACACCAAUGUGAGGGUGUGGAAGGCAGAGGCGUCCAAGCCUCUGGGACCGGUCAGUGAGUGAUCCCACACUGGGUGGGCAAUGAUAUCUCUGUGUGUGCAUUACAUUGUGUGGUGCAGCGGCCGUUUCGCGAGCGUCAGGCGAUGGCCUAUCGCGACGCACUGAAGCGGAAAUUCCAACACCUCAAGGAAAUCAGACGAAUCGCACGGUACAGACACACACACACAGGCGCGCAUCUGCAUCAUGUGUGUGUCGAUUGACUGUGUCUGCUGUAGGCAUCGUCACGUGCCGUCUCUGAUCAAGAAGCACACAGAGAAGAGGAGAAUCAUGGCGCAGGCCAAAAAGAGAAAGGUACGCCACACACAAACAAACCUGCGCACGCACAACCAGUUGUGUCACCAUGUGUGUGUAGGAGGAGAAUUUGCGUCGUCACUCCCGGCCUGGUGCGGUGCCCUUCGAGUCCGUCAGGAGGAAACCCAUCAAGAAACAAAUCGAGUAGUGACCGUACAUGUGCCGUCUCUCUCGUGUGUGUAUGUCGUGUGUACAGACAACAUUUGUGUGUUGCAUGUGGACAUCUGUGGCUUUUGUUGACAUCUCGCCUGAGCGAACACCGUUGUCAAAUGCG